UAUCUUAAUUUUUGUUCUGAAGAUUAACGAAGGUAUUACGGGUGUGGAACGACAUGAUGGUGAGUAAUAAAUGACAUUAUUUUCAUUUUUGGGUGAACUAACCCUUUAAGAACGGAAUGGUUUUCAAAAACAAUGCGUUACAUGUAACUAUUUACAUAAUGAUUUUUGAAAGAUUCACGCAUGAAAUGUGAGCAUUCAUGCAAGAAUUACACAUUGCAUGCAACAGUUUAUGUAUGCACAAACAAUUUUAGCAAGAAUGAAGUUACGAACAAUUUAUACAUAUUUGUUCUGCUAAUAUUUCCUGAAGAGGCCCUUUGUUAUUUGAUUUUUUUUCAGUUAGCCUGUUACAGUUACAAAAAUGUUUUUAAUAAUCUUAAACUCUUUUGUAUAAAAAAAGUAGGCAUACUGACUGUUUUAAACAUUAUACUGGACAGAACUGGAAGUGUACAUAUUUUGUAAAUGGUAAUAUAAUGCAGGUGUAUUUAAAAUAGUUCAGGAUGUUUAAUGGCCUACAUGAAUUAUGGGUAGUAAAGACACAGUGCUAGGCUGGCUAACUCAGCACUGUUUUAACUUACUAUAUAUGACAUUAUAGCACACCGGCUGUGAAUACAGAGAGAAAAACUAGUGCUCUUAUCAGGGAAAGAUAUAACACACAUUAAAUACUCUAAUGCACCUUUUUCAGGACACUUUGACAAUGGGUAUGACCUGAUUAUAUUCUCUACAGUUUUCACUAAAUCCUUCAUCAGCUCCAAGCACAGCAAGCCACUGAUCUUUCACCGUUUGAAGGGUAACAAGAAAUGGAUUUUUGUUUUGUUUUGUGCUAAUAUGUUCGAUAUUGAUCACAUUUGUGUUUUGAAUGUUUACAUUUUGUAAGAUUGUUUUGAUUUUGGGAAACAGAUACACCACUGUUUUUUUUUUUUUUGUUUGUUUAAGAAAAAUUGCUAUUCCUGGUCAUCUUGGCACUAGUUCACUGUUGUAUCCCAAAGUUCUGAGGAUCUCCUGAAGGUUUUACAUCCUGAAGUAAUCUGUUAAUAUCUUGAGGAUUUCAAGGGAGUAGACUAUGCCCCAACAUAAAUGUAAAGUGCAAAUAAUUUUUUUAAUAAAUAAUGUAAUGUAAUGAGAUAAACAUGUAUGGGUCUCUGGUUAAACUUUGGUUCAUAAUGACUUGGGUUAUGUUUGCUAAAUAUAAAAGUACAUUGCACACAUCAUGAUAUGGGUUCUUUCAUUCAAUUGACGAUACAAUAACAAGAGAGCAAAGUUAUUGAUAGCCAAUGCAUAUUUAAUAUGGGCUAAUACAACAAGUACAGCAACUGACUUAAAUAUUUUAUUUUUUAUUGAUUUGUGCAUCAUCCAUUAGCAGAGCUGUUGGUACUGUAGAUGUUACAGCUAACGUAAGAGAAUUCACAAUUGGCUAAACUGGGACCGUUAUUGGCCAUUGUAUAUCAUUUUGGCUUCCUAGAGCACUACUAUAUAAAAAAAUGGAAUAUAAAUAAGUCAUACUGGCUAACGGCGUAAAUUAUCAUUCAACCUUCACUAAAAUGAACGUUCAACGCUGACUGCCUAGCUCACGAGUGCAUUCGCGCAUGCGCAGAUGUGCCGGUCUCCUCUGAACGGGUCGCGAACUCUGACCUCCUGUAGCUGCAGUGAGCCGUCAGUUUACGAUAAUUUAUCAAAACAUCACAGUAUUUGGAUAAUUAUUCACGGUUUCAGGACCCCCAUGCACUCUUGUGUGGAUCCCAGUUUGAAAACUUGUGGGCGUGUGGCUGAUGGGGCGUUGCUAAGCCACGGUUUUAACAAAUCGUUAUCAUGGAAGGAGAAAGUCCCAGAAUUCAGCUGGUGUCUGCAGAUGGAGGCCUACAGAUUGUGACGGAGCAGCAGUUGGCUCAGAAGGUGCAGAUAGUCACAGCUAUUGAUCAGGCUGGAGCCGGCAAGCAGCAGUUUAUAUUAGCUAACCUGGAUUACCCCAACCAGGAGAAACUGUUCAUCAAACAAGAGAACUCACCAGCCAAGGUCAUCUUAACCUCUGCCGAUGGGUCAGCUGUCAAUCAACUGCUUUUCGCAUCACCUGAGCUGACAGGACAACAGAUCCAGUUUGUGACAGAGGGAUCAGAACAGGGCGCUACGAAGCCUCCAGUGGAGUAUUGUGUAGUUUGUGGAGAUAAGGCCUCAGGUCGUCAUUAUGGAGCAGUGAGCUGUGAGGGCUGUAAGGGUUUCUUCAAGCGCAGCAUCAGGAAGAAUCUGGUGUACACGUGCCGCGGUUCUGGAGAAUGUAUCAUCAAUAAACACCAUCGGAACCGGUGUCAGUACUGCAGACUGCAGCGCUGCAUGGCCCUCGGCAUGAAACAAGACUCUGUUCAGUGUGAGAGGAAACCAGUGGAGGUGUCGAGAGAGAAGCCAGCAAACUGUGCGCCCUCCAUCGAAAAGAUCUACAUCCGCAAAAACCUCUGCAGCCCUCUCGCUGCCAUGCCAACGUUUGUUAAUGAAAAAGAGACCACCAGGUCCACCAGUUUACUGGACUCCAACAUGCUCUUGAACAUACAGCAAUCACUUUCCAAACUUGACAACACCAUUUUAAUUCCUUCUUCACCAGAUCAGAAUGAUUCCAGUCAGGGAGAUCUGGGUACCCUGGCUAACGUGGUCACGUCUCUCGGUCACCUCAACAAAAGUCGUGAGAUGAUGGACAGCAGUACCGACCUAUCGGGGAUAGAGACCGCGAGUAACGAUGACAGCGUUAUGACAGACAUGCAGAGGGAAGAGUCGAAUGACGUCACACGGGCCUUUGACACGCUCACAAAGGUGCUUCAGCCUGAGGAUAGUUGUGGGGAAGAGGUGGCAGAAGGGAUAGUGGCUGUCAGGGUUGAUGAACAGUCCACCGCCCUACUGGAACUGGAAGGACCACUGCUCUCAGAUAUGCAUGUGCCCUUUAAGCUGAUGAUGCCGCUGCCCAUGCCAGACUUCCUGAAUCUGAAUUACAUCUGUGAAUCAGCUUCCCGUCUGCUUUUCCUCUCUAUGCACUGGGCACGCUCUAUUCCAGCCUUCCAGGCCCUUGGCUCAGAGAACAGCAUCACGCUGAUGAAGGCCUGCUGGAAUGAGUUGUUUGCUUUAGGUCUGGCUCAGUGUUCACACAUUAUGAAUGUAGAAACGAUCCUCACGGCCAUAAUCAACCACUUACAAACCAGCCUGGAUGAAGAUAAACUGUCCCCAGAGCGGGUGAAGCAAGUCAUGGAGCAUAUCUGGCGUAUGCAGGAAUUUUGUAACAGUAUGAGUCGCAUGAGUCCUGAUGCAUAUGAAUAUGCUUACCUCAAAGCUGUGGUUCUCUUCAGCCCGGAUCACUCCGGAGUGGACGGCACCCUUCAGAUUGAGCGCUUUCAGGAAAAAGCCUACAUGGAACUGCAGGACUAUGUGAGCAAAGUGUAUCCAGAGGACACAUAUCGCCUUUCAAAACUGUUAGUUCGUCUGCCUGCACUGCGGCUCAUGAGCGCUGCGGUGACUGAAGAGCUCUUUUUCGCCGGUCUCAUCGGCAACGUCCAGAUCGACAGCAUCAUUCCCUACAUCCUCAAAAUGGAGUCUACCGACUACAACAGCCAGCCAAUCAGCAACUCUGAGUGACUGAAGCCUCGCCUACAGCCACACCCAUCAGCUUUAAAAUGUCAUUAGCUUUGCUAACUCAGACCCUUUGGGCCAAAACAGCGAUCUUGAUGAUAUAAUCAUAUGAGUUUUGAAUGAGAAAAUCAUUUUGUUAUGAAUUUGCUUUUUCAUUUGGUCAGUGAUUGUGUCUGAGUUAUGUAGUAUGGAUAAAGUGGAUUACUGCAACUGCUGCGGUUGGAUAAUUUGGGCUUUUAUUGUAUUGCUGUACUUAUGUUUAGACAAGUGUCUAUAAAGACACAGGAAGUGCAAGGAACCUGUUCUUAAGAACUUGUUCCAAAGAGAACUUUGCCCCCCCCCCCCCACCCCCAAGCACUGACUUUCUCUGUAUGUAUAUGAAUCAUGUAUAUAGGAAUAAUAAAUGUCAAAUCAAGGGGAAAAAUGUUGGUAUUUUGGUAUUUGUUUGCCUUUUCCUUUUUUAUGAACACAUUUGAUGUGAUAUACAGGGUUCCCACGGUCACAGAAAACUCCAUCUUUUCUCCAUCCCUGGAAAAGUCAUGGGAAUUUCUGUAGUGCAUGUAUGUUUUUCUGUUUAUGCUCUAAUAUAUUUCAUUGGCAAAAUAAUACUAUGUGAGUGCAAUCUCUGUAUAAAAUAAUAAUAGACUUAAUAAAUCUAGUAAAGAAAUGGAAGUCAUGGAAAUGUAUUGGUCAAACGUGUUGGAAUCCAUUCAGUUGUUCCAGGUUCAUUCCAAGCAGUACCUUGUGUACCUUUAUAUUUGUUGUCAUAUUUUUAUUAAAGAAUUAGUUCACUUUCAAAUUAAAAUUUCCUGAUAAUUUACUCACCCCCAUGUCA